AUAUUCUAUAUUUAGAACCCACUCACUCCAACACUCUUCUCUUUUUACUUGUAGUUGUUCUUGAGAAGUCACCAUUGGUGGGUUGUUGAAUUUCUUUCCACACUCACAAGACAAAACGCACUACAAUUAUUUUAAUCUUCAAAAUUUGUAUCUUCUUCUUGGAUUGUCUGAACUGGGGAUGGUGUUCACCCAUCUUGGUCCUCUUCAUUUCUCUUUAAAUUGAUGCAAUAAUGGGGUUUCCAUUUCCAUUCUUCUUCUGAGACAGCCCUGUAACGAUGGAUCUUGAAGGAUUGAACCGUAACAAUCCAAUCAAGAAACAAUCAUGGAAGACAGUCUUGACCCUGGCUUAUCAGAGCUUGGGGGUUGUUUAUGGAGACUUAAGCACUUCACCUUUGUAUGUAUACAAAAGCACUUUUGCAGAAGACAUUCAACAUUCAGAGUCUAAUGAGGAGAUAUAUGGGGUUUUGUCCUUUGUGUUCUGGACAUUAACUCUGAUUCCACUGCUUAAAUAUGUGUUUAUUGUGCUUAGAGCUGAUGACAAUGGUGAGGGUGGGACCUUUGCUCUGUACUCAUUGCUAUGCCGCCAUGCCCGAGUCUGUACUUUGCCCAAUUGCCAGCUUGCCGAUGAGGAUCUAUCAGAGUACAAGAAAGAUGGAUUUUUAUCCACCAAUAAGGGUUUUGGUUCCAGCGUAAGAUUGACAUUGGAGAAGCAUGGAGUACUUAAAAGGGUUUUGCUUGCUUUGGCUUUGAUUGGAACUUGUAUGGUCAUUGGGGAUGGAGUCCUUACACCUGCGAUUUCCGUGUUUUCUGCGGUUUCUGGGCUAGAACUUUCAACGUCGAAAGAGCAACAUCAGUAUGUAGAAGUCCCAGUUGCUUGUGUCAUACUGGUAUUCUUGUUUGCCCUCCAACAUUACGGGACACACCGAGUAGGAUUCCUUUUUGCACCAAUUGUUAUAACGUGGCUUUUAUGCAUCAGUGCCAUUGGUGUAUACAAUAUUGUCCACUGGAAUCCCCAUGUUUACAAAGCACUCUCUCCUUACUACAUGUACAAGUUUUUGAAGAAGACCCAAAAGGAUGGUUGGAUGUCCUUGGGUGGGAUUUUGUUGUGUAUAACAGGUUCCGAAGCUAUGUUUGCUGAUCUUGGACAUUUUUCACAGUUGUCUAUCAAGAUUGCAUUCACCUUUGUGGUUUACCCAUCCUUGAUCCUAGCAUAUAUGGGGCAAGCUGCUUAUCUUUCCAGGCAUCAUUCUAAUGAAAGUUACUACCGGAUUGGAUUCUAUGUAUCAGUACCUGAGAAAAUCCGAUGGCCUGUUCUGGGAAUAGCCAUACUCGCAGCAGUUGUGGGAAGCCAAGCCAUCAUCACCGGGACUUUCUCUAUCAUCAAACAGUGUUCUGCUCUGGGUUGUUUUCCAAAGGUCAAAAUAGUCCACACAUCAUCCAAAAUACAUGGCCAAAUUUACAUUCCGCUCAUCAACUGGACUUUAAUGAUGCUGUGCUUGGCUGUUACUAUUGGUUUCAGAAACACGAAACACAUAAGCAACGCAUCAGGUUUGGCAGUUAUAACUGUCAUGUUGGUAACGACCUGCCUAAUGUCUCUUGUUAUCAUCCUCUGCUGGCACAGAAAUGUUUUCCUAGCCCUUUGCUUCAUAUUCUUCUUCGGUUCCAUAGAAGCGCUCUACUUCUCAGCUUCACUCAUGAAGUUCCUUGAAGGGGCUUGGGUGCCUGUUGCUCUCGCCUUCAUCUUUCUAGCAAUCAUGUACGUUUGGCACCAUGGCACGCUCAAGAAAUAUAAGUUCGAUGUUCAAAACAAGGUUUCCAUCAACUGGCUACUCGGGUUAGGUCCAAAUCUUGGAAUUGUUCGGGUCCGUGGCAUUGGCUUAAUACACACCGAGCUUGUAUCCGGAAUCCCAGCCAUUUUCUCUCAUUUCGUCACCAAUCUCCCUGCUUUCCACCAAGUUUUAAUCUUCCUCUGCGUCAAAUCUGUCCCGGUGCCUCACGUUAGACCUGAGGAAAGGUUCCUCGUGGGAAGAAUCUGCCCAAGAGAGUACCGAAUUUAUAGAUGCAUUGCACGGUAUGGUUAUCGUGACAUUCACAAAGACGACGUGGAGUUUGAAAAAGACUUGGUUUUUAGUAUUGCUGAGUUUAUCCGGUCAGAGAAUCCAGAAUACAAUGUAGAUUUGGAGUGUGACGAAAAAAUGACUGUUGUUGGAACUGCCUCAACAAAUCUAGAAGGUAUAAAGAUGUGCGAAGAAGACGUAGACGAAGAUUUUUCAGAACUGAGGGAGAUAAGAUCCCCAGAAUUUCCAAGGAAGAGAGUGAGGUUUGUUUUGCCAGAGAGUCCUCAGAUGAACAUAACCGCGAGAAAGGAGCUGCAGGAACUGAUGGAAGCGAGGGAGGCGGGGAUGGCAUUUAUAAUGGGGCAUUGUUACGUGAGGGCAAAGAGGGGAUCGAAUUUGAUUCAGAGAAUUGUGAUUAAUAUAGGAUAUGAUUUCUUGAGGAGGAACUUUCGGGAUCCAAUGCAUGCAUUGAGAGUUCCUCAUGCAACUACUCUAGAGGUAGGGAUGAUCUACCAUGUCUAGCUUAGUUUUGAUGAUUAUAGAGUAUAGUUAUGCAUUCUGUUCAAAAAACAAGAGUAUAGUUAUGUAUUCAAUUUGUGUUUCUUUUUCUGCUACUGUAAAUGAUAGAGAGGCUUUUUGUGCUAUGCUAAUCCAGUGUAUUUUAAUUA